AUGGCUUGGCUGUUUGCUGUUAUUGCAACUAUUAUCAUCGGGCUUUGUAGCUGGUGAUACUUAAAGAAUAAAAAGAAUCAAAAUCCUUCUCCUCAAUCAGAACCUUUAACAGAAACAUUAGGUCACCUCCACAUAUAUGUUGGUUCUCAAACCGGUCAUGCAGAAAAGCUGGCAAACAUAUUAGCAUGUGAGGCUAUCAAGUACAGCUUCUCACCCCACAUUGUGUCGCUUGACAACUUCCAAAUCAGAGACUUCAAGAAGCACGACUUUUGUGUUAUUAUCUGCUCUACUCAGGAAGAUGGAGCGCCUCCAUCCAAUGCAUCUCAAUUUCUCAAGUGGAUUACUAAGGUGGCAAAGGCAUCUAAUGAAAAUUUAUCACAGCUGUCUUAUGCAGUUUUUGGGCUAAGUAAAAAGCUAGACGCAAAUAAUCAUGCCACAGCGAGAAAAAUUAGCGAUUCUUUACUUAAACUUGGAGCUAAUCAGCUAAUCAAAACAGUCGAAUCUCAUGAAGAUGAUGUCGAAGAAUUCGACAAGUGGAAAGAACAGCUGUGGCAAAUCCUGCCUGGUAUUGUUAAGAAGACAAGGAUCUCACCGUUUGCAGACUUCGAGUUUUUAGAAGUGGCGCAUCAUGUGAAUCUUACCAAGCCAAAUCCUUUAAUUGUCUAUGAAGAGUCCAGCAAAGCGUUGAUAACAAGCAUGGAGUGUCCGGUAUCCAAAAUAAAAGAGCUCAAGAGAGAUCCUGAGAACUCAGCGUUACAUGUCGAAAUGAAAAUUGAAAGGGAAUACGAAACUGCUUGCAAUUUUGGAAUUUUCCCAGAAAACGAUGAAGAAAUAGUAAGGGAACUGGCAGCUCUACAAGAUUAUGACUUAGAACUAACAUUUCAGUUCUUACCAAUCCAAGGCAAAAAACAUCCUUUCCCAACACCUUUGACAGUAGGAGAAGCAUUGACGAAGUACUGUGACUUGACUAGCUUGAUUAGGAAAAAAAUCAUAAAAAACAUUUCAAAAUUCGCUUCAGACCCUGAAGAACAAAAAGAACUGGAGUUUUUAGCAAGUUUGAAAGGAAAAGAUGAGUACAGGAGAAUUAUUGAACGGCUCCUCGUCAAAUGACCAUGUAUUUUGAUAGUACUGCUGCAUGCCUUAGGGCAAUAUUUGCUCGAAGAAUUUUUAAUAGUGAGACAUUUGACCAAAAAAUCCAUUAAAUGGUGCAUUUUUAAACAAAUUUUCGACCAAAUUUUCUUCAAUGAAAUGCACACUAUUAAAAGUGCACGAUCAUUGGACCUGAACCUUAUUGAAGAACCUAUGAUCACUGUUGUUGAUUUAUUGAGAAAAUACUCAUCAGUUAAAAUUCCAAUAGGAGCACUAGUGCAGAUCUUAGAUAGAAUUCAAGCAAGAUAUUAUACAGUAGCAUCCUCAUCAAAACUCCAUAAAAAUACCAUUCAUAUUGCAGUCGAUGUAGCAAGACAUAGAACAAGUGAAGGGAAAAUCAGGACAGGGCUUUGCUCAGGCUAUUUCGAAAAAAUGCAUGUAACCGGCCUCUACAAGCCUGUCCGUGGCUUUUUUAAAACUUCUGCGUUUAAGCUUCCUCCUGUACCUACUCCAAUCAUUAUGAUCUGCAAUGGCUGCGGGGUGGCCCCAUUUCGAGGUUUUCUUCAAGAGCUUCAAUAUUUUGCUUCAGAAGGAGUUGGGUAUCCUGAAACUAUUCUCUAUUUCGGCAGUCGCAAUAAAUCUAGAGAAUUUGUAUACAAGCGCGAUCUAGAGAAUUUUAUUAUCCCUUCUGAUUCCCCAGCUUCAGAAUUCGAGUACCGCCCCGAAAAAUGAGGCGAAGGUCCGCAUGUUCUUCAUAGUCUUUUUGUAGCCUUUUCUAGAGAUCAGGCUCAUAAGAUUUAUGUCCAGGAUAUUAUUUUUACGCAGCAUGAUAAAAUUUGGGAUUUGCUUGCAAAUAAAGGCGCUUAUUUGUAUAUUUGUGGGUCAACUUUGAUGGGAAAAGGGGUCUCUGAUAUGCUAAAAACAAUAGCAAAUGAGCACUUGGGCGAGGAUUCUACAGAAUUUAUAUCAAAAUUGACGAAUGAAGGGAGGUUUAGAGUGGAGUUUUGGGGUUAA